GCGGCGAUGCUGCACCGCUUCCCGGCGCUGCGCGAGUUGGUGGAGCGCUUGAAGCGGCGCCUGGGAGCCGGCAAGACGGACGGGUGCCGGCCGCCGUGGGACCCCGGCUUAGGCUGCGGGGAGUGCGGCGGCUUCCUCUGCCAGCCGGUCUCGCUGCUGUGCGGCCACACCUUUUGCAAGGAGUGCGUGGAAAGGCGGCGCGGGGCUGCUGCCCGGCGGCGGGGGGCGGCGGCGGCGGCGACCACCCUCCCCGGGACCGCCGGAGACGCCUGCAGCCUCUGCCCGGGCGCCCGGAUGGCUCCGUCCCGCCUGCGGGUCAACGUCCUCCUGACCCACCUGUUAGCCAAGGGCUUCCCCGAGCAGGUGCGAGCCGCUCGGCUCCGCCACGAAGGCAACGUGCUGUGCAAGGAAGGGCGGCUACAAGCGGCGCUGGAGAAGUACGACCAAGCCCUCCGCUUGGCUCCUUCUGAUCAUUUGCUGUAUUGCAACCGGUCGCAAAUCAAUUCUACUUUGAAAUGCUAUGAGGAGGCGUUGCAGGAUGCGAAAAUAGCCUGUGAGGUCCAACCUUAUUGGGCGAAGGGCCACGUGCGAAAGGGCCACGUCCUCAAUAUACUGUGCAAGACCGACGAAGCUUUCCGCGAGUUUUUGUUGUGCCUCGUUCUUCAGGACGAGAAUGAGAAGGCAAAAUCCGAGAUGCCCAAGGUUGACCUGGACCAGGAGAACCGCAAAGACCAGAACGUGGCCAACUGUGACCCCUCAGGAAAACCUCUCCUUAGCCAGGAAGGAAGCCUGGAUGAAAACGGAGAUGUCGCCUCGCCUGUGGAGACCAACCCUGGGAAGGAAAGACCCCCAAACAAUAAGCGCCAGGCUGAAGUUGCUGCGGGUUCGGAUCUUCCCCCCAAAAUAGCCAAAAUGGAUCAAAGUGACGAACAAGAAGAACCCAAUGCUGAAAAUGGCAUCGCCUUCGAUUUUGUGGAUCCAUCUGACAUGGAGUGCGCCCUGUGUAUGAGACUCUUCUAUGAACCUGUCACCACCCCGUGUGGACACACCUUUUGCCUAAGGUGCCUUGAACGCUGCCUGGAUCACAACCCACAGUGCCCCUUGUGCAAAGAAAACCUCUUAGAGUGCCUGGCCAUGAAGAAGCUUUGCAAGACGGUGGUGAUAGAAGAAUUGAUCGCCAAGUAUCUUCCGGCGGAACUCGCCGAAAGGAAAAAGCUUAAUGAAGAAGAAAUGGCUGAAUUUUCCAACUUGAAUAAGAAUGUCCCUAUAUUUGUAUGCACAAUGGCCUAUCCCACCGUUCCUUGCCCUCUACACAUUUUUGAGCCCUGCUACCGACUGAUGGUUAGGAGAUGCAUGGAAACCGGCACUAGGCAAUUUGGCAUGUGCAUUAGAGAUCCGGUCAAAGGGUUUGCAGAUUACGGUUGCAUCCUAGAGAUCAGGAACAUGGAAGUCUUCGGCGAUGGGCGCUCGGUGGUGGAUAGCAUUGGUAAGAGGCGGUUUAAGGUCCUACAGCACGGCAAGUGCGACGGCUACAACACGGCGGAUAUCGAGUACAUCGAAGACAAGAAGGUCUACGGAGAGGCCUCUGAAUACUUGACAAUCCUUCACAGUGCUGUGUACGAUCAGGCCCACACCUGGUUCAACACUCUGAAAUCCUCACUCAGAGUACGCAUUAUCCAUCAUUUCGGUCCAAUGCCCGCCAAAGAACCAGACCCGCAGGUGAACCCCAAUGGUCCCGCCUGGUGCUGGUGGAUCCUGGCCGUCCUUCCUCUGGAGAACAAAGCUCAGCUUCCCUUCCUAGCGAUGACCUCCUUGAAAGCGCGUCUAAAAGGCAUCAGGAGCAUUUUGACCUUCCUCUUCCUCACUCAGAGGAAGUGAACGGGGUGCGUGUGAAUGCCCUUGCAAUCCGAGGCCUUCUCUCUCUCUCUCUCUC